CAUGUCUGUCCGACUCACCCACACGUACAGCCGCUGCUGGUCCGGAGCCUGUCAUCGGUCUUUGUCAUUCGCAUAGCCCUUGCCGUGGGAGGCGGCGGCGGUGCCGGUCCCGCUGCCGCCGCUAGCCUGUUCUGACACCUAACCGCCAUCAGCGCAGUCCCCGGGCCCCAGGGGCCGGCGAACGAGCGGCAGACCUUCACGAUCAAGAUGGAUUUCAGCAAACUUCCCAAGAUACGAGAUGAGGACCAUGAGACAAUGGUUGGAUAUGUCCAUGGUGUCUCUGGUCCUGUUGUCACUGCUUCCAAUAUGGCUGGAGCAGCAAUGUACGAGCUGGUUCGUGUAGGUCACUCUGAGUUGGUUGGUGAGAUUAUCCGCUUGGAGGGCGAUAUGGCAACAAUACAAGUCUAUGAAGAAACCUCUGGUGUAUCUGUUGGAGAUCCAGUGCUCCGUACAGGGAAGCCACUUUCUGUGGAGCUAGGCCCUGGCAUCAUGGGAGCCAUCUUUGAUGGGAUCCAGCGACCUCUGAAGGAUAUCAAUGAUCUAACGCAGAGUAUUUACAUCCCUCGUGGUGUCAACGUGAAUGCACUGAGUAGAGAUUUGAAGUGGGAAUUUACACCUGUCAAGAAUAUGCGAGUUGGUAGUCACAUCACUGGUGGAGAUAUAUAUGGAUUCGUCUUUGAAAAUUCUCUUAUUAAGCACAAGAUCAUGCUUCCACCUAAAAGUAGGGGAACUGUUACGUAUGUUGCCCCACCAGGAUGCUACGAUGUUUCUGAUGUUGUUCUGGAACUUGAAUUUGAAGGCAUUAAAGAGAAGUUUACCAUGGUUCAAGUAUGGCCUGUACGUCAGGUAAGGCCAGUUACUGAGAAGCUCCCAGCAAGUCACCCUCUGCUGACAGGACAGCGUGUACUGGAUGCACUUUUCCCUUGCGUACAAGGUGGAACCACAGCAAUCCCAGGUGCCUUUGGGUGUGGAAAGACAGUGAUUUCUCAAUCACUCUCAAAGUACUCUAACAGUGAUGUGAUCAUCUAUGUUGGAUGUGGGGAACGUGGCAAUGAAAUGUCUGAAGUACUGAGAGAUUUCCCAGAGCUGACAAUGGAAGUUGAUGGAAAAGUGGAAAGCAUUAUGAAGAGAACAUCUUUGGUGGCUAAUACCUCAAACAUGCCAGUUGCUGCCAGGGAAGCCUCCAUCUACACAGGCAUUACCCUUUCUGAAUACUUCAGAGAUAUGGGUUACCAUGUUAGUAUGAUGGCAGAUUCUACAUCCCGAUGGGCUGAGGCGCUAAGAGAAAUCUCUGGACGUUUGGCAGAAAUGCCUGCUGACAGUGGUUAUCCAGCUUACCUGGGUGCCCGUUUGGCCUCCUUUUAUGAGCGUGCAGGUCGGGUGAAGUGCCUGGGAAACCCUGAGCGAGAGGGUAGUGUCAGCAUUGUUGGAGCAGUUUCUCCCCCUGGUGGUGAUUUCUCUGAUCCUGUGACAUCAGCUACUCUUGGUAUCGUACAGGUGUUUUGGGGUUUGGAUAAGAAGUUGGCACAGCGCAAGCACUUUCCUUCAGUCAACUGGUUGAUCAGUUACAGUAAGUACACACGUGCUCUGGACGAAUACUAUGAUAAGCACUUCCCUGAAUUUGUGCCAUUGAGGACCAAAGCUAAAGAGAUCCUGCAGGAAGAAGAGGAUCUAGCAGAAAUUGUCCAGCUUGUUGGAAAAGCAUCCCUGGCAGAGACUGACAAAAUAACUUUGGAGGUUGCAAAAUUGAUUAAGGAUGAUUUCCUGCAGCAGAAUGGAUAUACACCCUACGACCGAUUUUGCCCAUUCUACAAAACUGUCGGUAUGCUAUCAAAUAUGAUCGGAUUCUACGAUAUGGCUCGGCAUGCUGUCGAGUCAACUGCUCAAAGUGAUAACAAGAUUACAUGGUCGAUUAUCCGUGAGCACAUGGGCGAGAUAUUGUACAAGCUGAGUUCCAUGAAGUUCAAGGAUCCAGUGAAGGAUGGAGAGGCAAAAAUCAAAGCAGAUUACUUGCAACUCUUCGAAGACAUGCAAACAGCAUUCCGUUCUCUAGAAGACUAAAGCCAGUUAUUUCUGAGAAUACAACAAAGCCCAGUUUGCCCAGUAUUUAUAGCUUUUUUGUUUUUUGGUUUUCUCACAUUCCUUUUCUACAUUUAACAUCUUAACUGUUUUAGUGUAUUUGAUGUACAGUCAUUGGCUCACCAUUCCAACAAAGUUUAAUAGGUCUAGUUAAUUUGGAAUGUCUUUCUAGAAGUGUGAAAUCUGCUUACUACUUGUGAAAACAAAUGUCAGUAUUGUGUCUCUGCCAUAACUGGUAUUGUACACCCUUCGUUUCCUGCAACUAACAGGUCAAGUUCAUGUUUAGACUAUUGCAGAAACAAGUGUGACCACCUUGCUUUAUUUUAUCGAUGUAAGUCAAUGGCCAAUACGCAUUAAGGUGUCCAUGUCUACAUUGACGUAGUGUAUAUAUUAAAAAUAGCUACCUGCACUAUUGUAAUCAUUAAAGCUUUAGCCUUAUCUUUGGAUUUUCAUUAACUGAAUCCAAAACAUUCAGAAGUAAUCCUGUUUUGGCAUGAAGUAGCGUCAAGUUUAAAAUGAUUCUUGAUAUGUGAAGAAACUUUGCCAGAGCACAGCAGCCAUGGGGAGGGGGAUUGCAACAAUACCCCCUCAAAUCUUAAUAGCAUCACCAGCACUGGUGCUGAUGGACACUGAUAUGACAUACAUGCAAUCUUUAGCUUAGAAGUUUUCAUUAACUUUGUUAGGUUUAUCAUUAGUGUAGGAAAGAGCUGAAGCAAUCCUUGCAACACCAAAUGUAAACCUUGUAAGAAAGGCAGAAAUAUUUUGUCCUACCUUUGUGAAGGCUCUGGUGGAUGGGUUAAACAAGCUUUUGCAUAAUUAGGCGUAAAGCUCUUGAUUUGACUUUGUCCUAUAACUGCCCAUAUUUUGAUACCUCUGACUUGGGUGGUAAACUGAGAAACCACUUUCUAACUUAAACUAAAAAUUUUCUGAAUGUUGAUCCUUUGGAGGGUUUGCAAUUGGAAGCAAGCAUUUUCAUCCUUAUGAAAUCAGCGAGCUAAACUCAUGGCCGUCAUUGCAGGGGGAAGCCAACCUGUGAUUUUUAGUACGUGAGUUUGUGAAAAACUGCUUUUUUUUGGAUGGUGAAACUUUUUUUUUUCCUGGGAGUUUGUGCAAAGGGGGGAUUUCAAAAUGCUGUCUUUGGGUACAGUUCCAUAUUCAGAUUGCAGUGUAUGAACCCAAGACGCUUUGAGAAAUAUAGUUGGUCGGAAAUGUGUUUAACAUUAACUUUAUUUUUGCUUUCCUACUUAAUCUGUAUGUAACUUUCUACAUAACUAUUUUAAUGAUCUGGGCAAGCAAACUGAAUCAAUGAAAUUGAAAAAGAAUUAUCACAAAGAGGAAGAAUGUAUUGGAACUAAGUUUUUAUAAUUGAGGAAAAUGUUCAUCUGAAAUUUAAAAUCCAGAAAGAUGGGCUCAGGGAGGGAGUUUGAAAUAUUCAGAACCUUUAUAUGAUUUUAGGGUACCUGGCAGUGUUACCAGUUCAAACGUUGGGUGAGUUGGGUUCUGUUGGGUUUUUCUACAUUUUGGUCUCAAUCAUUGACUUGCAGCUGCCAAGAGCAUGUCUCCAAUCAUUAGCCCAAAAUGUUGACCUUUGAUUUUCUUCCUAAAUCAAUUCUGCUUUGUGAAGUGAGAUUGCUGUGUGGUUGGAACACAGCAUUGUGGGAUAUCAGUGACCUAGUUUGUAUAUUUGUAUUUUGCUGGAUCAUUUAUUAUAGGAUAUUUCAUUAACUGGCCCAAGUUACCUUCCAGGAGUUUAGAUUGUCUAAUUUGCAUUCAGUUUGUCUAAUGUGAGUUCACUGAUUAGCUGUUGUCAGAAAAGCAUACAAAAUUUAAUAUUAAUUGCAUUGCUAUUUAGUUGUCAUUUAAAACAUUCAGCAUAGAUAAUUAAAAUUUUCUGUUCUCAUGGGGGUGCAACUGAUGACCCUGGCUAAUGGAUUGUUUGGCUUUAUACAUUAUUUCAUAUUCCACUGACUUUUUGUAAAUUAUCGUUAUGUUGCCCAUAGUGUGGUUAAGAUUGGUAAUAUGCUGGAGGACAUUGGGUGAAAUUUGUGAAUGUGAAGCAGUAGUUUGUAGGAAAAGCAAGAAUAUAAGAAAGCUCUGCCCCAGCACAUUUCCUGGAUUGAGGAAAGUGCACCUUAGUUUCGUUUGGAAAUAUUCACUACAUAGUGCACUAAUAUAGUAUUAAUGUUUAGUGCAUUUUAGAAUGUAUUUAACCUUUUUGGAAAUCCCAUUUUCCUGCACUAAGCUUAGUAUAAGGUUUACUGUCAUAAUUAUUUGUCUUCUAUGAUUAAGGCCAUGGAAAUACACUAAGACUAGUCCCAGGUAAAUAAAUUAUCCAAUAAACCUAAUUUUAGAUGGUGGAAAAUCUAUUAGGGUUAUCAAUAUUUGAGCUUUCUAGAUUCUUUUCGCAUUUGUUCUGAUUAUGACCAUUUUGAGCUGGCAAAUAAAUAUAGAUCAAAGCAAACUAGUUCCUAGUGAGCCAACUUAACGGUGCAAUAGCUGUAUCUUAAAGUACCUGUGAAAAUUAGAAAGUAGUUGGCAUUGUUUUUUUAUUAAACUUCAUUGGAGAAGUCGGACAGUUCAGUUUGUCAGAUACAAUAGUUUACUUAUCUAGCUUCAAACCACAAUGAUCCAUUCUGACUGAGAAAAAGCAAAGGCAUUUAGUCUGUUUUGUAAAUUAUUUUGAAUUUGAUUCUUAGCACUUCCAAACAGCAUUUCAUCCCAAAAAUAAAGUUUGAAUACUCUCAAAUAACACGUCAGAAUUAUUCAAAGAAAGCAAGGCAGUGGAAAUCUGCCUGGUCUCUACUUAGCAGUGCCUGGAAUGUUAGAGCUUUAACUAAAAAAAAAAGCAUCUGGAGCUGUAAUCUGCAGCAAAUGAAAGACAAUCUACACAUCUGGAACUUGCAAUGGUUUCUUCAAAUAACAUUUUCAUAUGCAGUAAAUGUAUGUAAUUCUGCUUCCAGUUCUGUGGAAAUGGGCAUUCCCUCUGAUCAGAUUCAUGUUAAAAGCCUUGUACUGCAGCAAUUUACAAUGAAAUGUGGGUGUAAUUAAUUAUCUUGCUGUAAAAGGUAUUAGAAUAUAUUGGGAAUUAAAGCAGUGAUGCAACUGUACAUUGUGAUUAAUGUAAGGCAAUAAUUCAAGUUGUAUUUUUCCAGUUUUGGUAAAUUUCACUUUUCAGUAAAUGAUUUGUGUGCACAGAUGGUUAGUUUUCAUAUUUGUUGAGUCAUUGUGCAAAAUUAAAGAAAAAUAAAAACUAAAAGUUGUAGUGAUGUCCAGUGAUCAGUGGUGACAUUUCAAGGGCCUGAGAAAUUGAACCUUGCGUCUCUACUACUUAACCAUCUCAAAGGUUCAAUAAAAUCUCAGUUGUAGCUGAAAGUAUUAACAUGCUGUUUGAUUCCACACAAUCUUGAGCUAUUGCAGCAGAAGUGGGCUAAUUUGUUCAAUGAUGGAGCAGACUAAAUGAGAUCAUGGCUGAUCCAGGAAUCCUAAACUCCCCUUCCCUGCCUUUUUCCAUUUUCCUUAAUUACCCUGCUGAUGUUUUUGUAAAAAAAAACAACUGUCUACCUCUGUCUUGAACAUAACAGCCCAGCCUCAACAGCCUUCUGCAGUAAAGAAUUCCACAGAUUCACUACCAUCUGAGAUGCACUACUACCCUAACCCCUCAUCCCACCCCUGCCAAAUCAGCCUUAAAUAGGUCCUUUUUGUUCCUUUUCUCUCCCACAAGGAGAAAACAACUUCUCUAACAACUUAUUUCAAUAAAGUAUCAUCUUCUAAAAUCCAAUGAGUACAAGCACCAUGUACUUAACCUGUCUUUGUUUUUUUAAAAAAUAUCCCUCUAUGCCUGGAAUAACUGAAAUUUAGCUUCUCUACAUAUCCUCCAUUCCUGUAUUUGUUUAGACCAGGGGACUAAAACUCUUUGCUGUUCAUUUAGGUAUAGUCGAACUAAUUCCUUGUAUACCUUUCUUGAAGCUUUAGUAAAAUAUUUUUGUAUUCUAUUCUCUUGAAAUAAAGGGCAACAUUCACUUCACUUUCCCAAUUACUUGCUGAACAUGGAUGCUUGCUUUUUGUGCUCCAUGCAAGAGAACCCCCCCCCCCCCCCCCCAAUUCCUGUGGCAACAUUGAGGUGUUUCUAUUUAAAUAACAAAGCUUCUGUUUUUCCUUCUGCCAGUUUUCUUAAUCACUUCACUUACUAUACUAUCCCCAUGGUCUCUUAUUUGGUUGCCUAAUGUGGUACGUGAAAUCCACAUUGGUCACAUAUGGUUGGAUGGUCCAAAGGCAGAAGAUGAGGCAUUCUUCCUGCAGGAGUUGGAUGGUUAGGGAUUGGCAGUGGAGGUGGCCCAAGACCUGCAAGUUCUUGGCAGAGGGGGAGUGGAAGUGGUUGGCCAUGGAUGGUUGGUGUAGGUGUCCCGGAGAUAUUCUUUGAAUCCCCAAUGCAAGGGAGUGCGCAGCGGAAGCAAUGGAUACAGUAAAUGACGUGUGGAAUUGCAGGUAAACCUUUGGAUGUGGAAGGCUCCUUUGGGGCCUAGGACGGAAGUGUAGGCAGGCCUCUGUCUUGUGUGGUUGGAUGGGUGAGGUUCAAAGACAGAGGUGCAGGGAGUGGGUAAGAUGUGCUGGAGGGUGUCAUCAACAAUGUGGAUGGGGAAAUUGCGGACUUUAAAGGAGGCGGCUAUCUGGUGUGAUCUCUGGUGGAAUUGGUCCUCAAGGGAGUAGAUGCAGUGGAGAUGGAGGAAUUGGGAAUAAGGGAUCGCAUUUUUACAGGAGGCAAGGUAGGAGGAGGUGUAGUCCAGAUUUCCCUCCCCAUUCCUAUCUACUUUCCGUAAAGACUCACUCGUCAGGUCCACACCCCUCAACAGCCCACCUUCCCCUCUCGGCAUCUUCCCCUGCCACUGCAGGAAUUGCAAAACUUGUGCCCACACCUCCCCCUUCACCUCCGUCCAAGACCCCCAAAUGAGCCUUCCACAUCCAUCAAAGUUUUACCUGUACUUCCACACAUUAUUUAUUGUAUCUGUUGCUCCCGAUGCUGUCUCCUUUACAUUGGGGAGAACAGACACCUUCUCACAGACCACUUUUAGAGAAUAUCUCCAGAACACCUGCACCAACCAGCCCCACCGCCCCGUGGCUAAACACUUCAAAUUCCCUCCCACUCUGCCAAGGACAUUCAGGAUCUGGUUCGCCCCCAUUGUCAUUCCCUAACCAGUUGACGCCUGGAGGAAGAACGCCUAAUCUUCCGCCUCAGGACACUCCAACCCCACGACAUAAAUGUGGAAUUCACAAGUUUCCUUAUUUCCCCUUCUUUCCCCCCACCUUAUCCCAGUUCCAACCUUCCAACUUGGCACUGCUUCAUAAGCUGUCCUACCAGUUCAUCUUCCUUCCCAACUAUCCGCUCGACCCUCCUCUCCGACAUAUCAUAGUUAUUCCCAACUCUAUCUACCGAUCACACUCUCAGCCACCUUUCUCCCACCCCUACUCCUCUCCCAUUUAUCUCACUACCCCUCGGCUCACAGCCUUCAUUCAUGAUGAAGGGUAUGUGCCUGAAAUGUUGAUUCUCCUGCUCCUCAGAUGCUGCCUGACCGGCUGUGCUUUUCCAGCAUAACAUUCAAAGAGACACCUUGUAUCUCUUAUUUAUUCCUUAUGCACCAUUCAGUAAUAGAAUAGGAAUUUGUUUCAGAACAUGGAAAAUCACUGCUAAUAUAUUAUUGCUCAAGUGAUGACCUCAAUCUUGGAACUGGUACCCUGCGCUAAAGACAGACUUCUGCCUGUGUGGAAAUUGUCAGAAUAACUCAAACUUAAGGAAAUAACUCAUUUGCAAAUUUGUGUAUGAGAUAUGAAUAAUCAGCAAUGUAAGAUGAUAUAAAGGCACUUAUGAAGAAAGAUAUGAAAGGAAGACAUCCCAUUGUGAAGGGCCAGACAGCCUAGUCCUGCUCCUAAUUCUUAUACCCCAACUCUCGUACAAACACAUAGUUUAUUCUUAAUAUGUAUGGGGUCUUAUUCUUGUGCCAGGAAUUGAUUGUCUGUCUGGUCUGUAAUGGCUCUAUUACUGGUAAACUGGAAAAAUAUUUUUGCUGUUAAUUUAGUUAAAUAAUCCUGGUACACUCCAUAAUGGAAUUGUAAUAAUGUGCUAUGAGAUCAGUAAUCCAGUGACGAGGGAAGCUUCCCGCACUGCAGCUGAGAAAUCUAUAUUCAGUGAACUAAAUAAAUCUGGAAUAAAAGUUAGUGUCGGUAACUGUGACCUCAUAGCUAACUGGAUUGUUGUAAAAUUCCAUGAGGCAGGAAUUUGCACCCUGGCUCUGGCCUACAUGUGACUCUAGACUUCAGUGAAGUGGUUGACUCAUAUCUGCCCUCCGAAACAGCCCAGUAAUCCACUUGGUUGUGAAGCAGACAACUGAAUUUUUUCCGUAAUUAAAUCCCUGCCUCACCAGGAGGACUUAAGAAUAAAAUUCAAACGAAUGCUACAGCUCAGCAAACAGCGACACUGGCAACAGCAGUUUUCAUAAUCCAUGAAAAGUUACAGGAGAAAAGAUUGAGAUAACAUUGGUGUGAUGAGAAUUGCUGAGCUAAGCUCCACACAGUUGUCAAUCCAAUAUCCAAAGUGAAAAAUAGCUGUAAAGUAGAACAUGUUUCAUUUUGAGUACCAUCAUAUCAGGUACAAAUGUUAUGUGCAGAAUAAAAAUCUAAACAUGAA